ACUCUCACCCUCAGUGUUUUCCUGUCCCUAUGGAGCACCUACACAAAGCACCUCCGGUGAGAGGUAUCGCUUUAAGAAAACAAUCGUUAGGUACCUGUAAGUGCGGUAUUGUUGUUCUAUUUCCCUCUGCCCUCCUGCGGUAUAUUCCAAUGCUUGGCAGAGGUGUAGCACUUGAGCGAACUCGUCCCUGUUAUCGGGUGACUGUUUUCCCUCCAUAUGCCGGGGUCUCCUUUCCCUCCAGUGUGGAAGCAGGCCGCCAUGAGCACGGCAUGCCGGCAUCCAUACCUGCCGCAGGUUCGGCGCUAUGGCCUUUCCGGGUGGGGGUGGAGCUAGGCUGCAGUGGAGAGUGCGUGCGCAUACCAGUGACGUGUGAGAAACCAUAAAAGUAUCUCACAACUUAUUACUCAAAAAACACCUAAAUGUAUUUUCAGACAAUACAACAAUGGUAGCCUAUCUAAAACAGCAGGGGGGCACGAAAUCUCCAGGUCUAAAGAAGCUUGCAGAACAAAUCUUCAUCAAAUGUUCUUUCCGUUACAGCCGUCCAUUUGAAAUGCUCCGAAAAUAUAGAAGCCGACUACCUCAGCAGGAAGACUCUAGACCCCGGGAAGUUGUCUCUGUGCCAGGAAAUUUUUCUGAAGAUUUGCAAAAAAUGGCGAACACCCCAAGUAGGCCUAUUUGCGUCUAAACAAAACGCAAAAGUAGAUCGAUUCUGCUCCCUAAAUCCCAGAGACCAUCCUUGGUUAAUGGGCGCUUUCUCCGUCAAGUGGACGUGGGAUCUAGCGUGCGCCUUUCCUCCUUGGGCUCUAAUUCCCAGAGUCUUGCAAAAAAUAUCGAGGGAUCCAGUAACGGUAAUACUGGUAGUCCCAUAUUGGCCCAAGAGAAGCUGGUUCUCCAUCCUAAAGGAGCUGGCCAUGGAGGACCCAUGGGAAAUUCCAUACCAAGCAAACCUUUUAUCUCAAGGUCCGAUCAUACAUCAGAACCCCAGCCUAUUCAGAUUAUCGGCAUGGAUUCUGAGGGCGAAAUGUUUAAAAGCAAGGGCCUGUCAGGAAAGGUUAUUAAUACUCUGAAAUCCAGCUGCAAGAAAGUCACCACGGCUAUUUAUCUUAAAAUAUGGAAGAAAUACUGCUCCUGGCUAGGGGAUCCCUCUCCCAAUAAAUCUCCCCCUUGCAUCCCGAAAAUUUUGGAUUUUCUCCAAAGGGGCCUGGACAUGGGACUUAAACCAAGUACGUUAAAAGUACAAAUUUCCGCAUUGGGAGCCUUCUAUGACUGACCUAUCCAGCCACAGGUGGAUUUGGAGGUUCAUAUGGGCAGCGUCCAGAAUAAGACUGUCCCUUACCCAGAGGGUACCACAAUGGGACUUAUAUAUUAUAUUGAGAGGUCUGACGAAGCCCCCAUUCACACCUUUGUCAGACAUUUCUAUCAAACACCUGUCGUACAAGACGGCAUUUCUAAUCGCCGUCUUAGGGGAAAUCCAGGGCCUAUCCUGCUGAGAACCCUACUUUUUGGUAUUUCCAGACAGAAUUGUACUUAAAUUAGAUCCGGGUUUCCUUCCCAAGGUGGUAUCCGACUUCCACAGGGACCAGGAAAUCACUCUGCCAUCCUUCCCUACAGACGUUCUUAGCCCAGACGAGACACAAUUCCAUCUUCUGGAUGUAAGAGAGGCCAUUAUCCUGUAUCUCAGUCACCAAAGAUUUUAGGAAAGAUGAUAACCUCCUAGUUCAGUUUGCAGGGCAGAACAGGGGGAAAAAAGUUUCCAAAGCCUCUAUUGCGCGCUGGAUUAAAUCUACCAUCUCAUGCUGUUACUUCAUGGUAGGUCUGUCUAGCCCGACCAACAUUAGAGCCCAUUCCACCAGGGCAAUGGCAUCCUCUUGGGCAGAGAAGGCUGACGUUUCACUGGAUACCAUCUGCAAAGCUGCUUCCUGGUCAAGUAUAAACACGUUCAUAAAACACUAUCGUGUUAAUGUUUCAGCUGGGGCAGAUUUGUCCUUUGGUCAAAAAAUUCUGCAAGCUGCUAUUACCCCCCCCCCCCCCCCCCCCACACACACACACACACACACACCAAAUAAUCUGGAUUCUAUGGUAGCCGUCAUGGUGGAUGAUGAGAAAAACCGUAAUUGGACUUACCAGUAAUUUUGUUUCCUUAAAUCCACCAUGACUGCUUGGAUAUUUCCACCCUGUAUAGAUUUAAGAUCUGGGUGUGACGUAAUUCGCCCAAAAAAUAUAUAUACCUAUUUAGAUAAGCUUUAUUUUAUAGACACUUGGGCUGCACCCACUUUGGUAAUUUGUAAAACACUGAGGGUGAGAGUGGGUGGUGGCCAUUUAAACUCGGUGUUCCUGCCCCUAUAGAGGACAAAGGUCAUCUCUCUAUGCUAGCCAUCAUGGUGGAUUAAAGGAAACAAAAUUACCGGUCAGUCUAAUUACGUUUUUUGGGAAUAUGUAUACUGCUUUAAUUUUUUAUUUUUUGUUCACUGUCUUUUUGCAUGGAGGAAUGGGAGUAUUCAGAAGGACACAAGGAUCUGUAAAAGAACAUUAUGAUGGAGACUCGCAAACCUCUCACAUCACUAGACAGCUCACCAGAGAGAUGUUCGAAUCUUCUUUCCUCCCAAGAUUUUCCAGACGAUGAGGAUGAUAGUCUUCAGAGUUUGCACAUCAUUAUUAAAGAAGAGAUUAAAAAUGAAGAAGAAGAGAUUCCUGUUUGCAUUGAACAGGAUGAAGCAACUAGAGAUAUGGAUAGAGAAGAACAUCUGGAGGACAGCAGGAGCUCCUCGGAUAGCCAACUUUCUUUCACGUUGAACUGUAAGAUAGAAGAUGAUGACUUCAUGCAGUAUUCCCAUUCAGUCCUUCAGGACACGGAUCUCUCUGAUCAGGAUGAAUGUGUUGACAGUAACGUGGAGACUAUACACUGUGGUAGCAAUGGUGGUAAAAUGUUUCCAUGCACUGAAUGUGAUAAAUGUUUUACCCAGCAUGCAGCACUUAUUAGGCAUCAGAGAAGUCACACAGGGGAGAAACCCUUUCCAUGCUCUGAAUGUGGUAAAUCCUUUACACGCAAAUCAAUCCUUGUGGAACAUAUGAGAAUUCAUACAGGGGAGAAGCCAUUUUUGUGUGGUGAAUGUGGUAGACGUUUUACGCAGAAGUCCAGUUUUGCUGUGCACCAGCGCAUCCAUGCAAAAGAGGAAUCCUUCAUUUGUUCCUAUUGCGGGAAAGGUUUUACAGAGAGAUUAAAUAGUUGCACAAAGGGGGAAGAGAUCUCCUGCUUUUACUGCAGGGAGAAGGCUACACAGAAGACAGAAUCUGUAGAACACGGCGUAAGCAAGAAGCCAUUCACGUGUUCUGAGUGUGGAAGGUGUUUUACUAACAAAUCUAAACUUAACACCCAUGAGAAAAUUCACAACGGUGAAAAGCCGUAUUCAUGUUCUGAGUGCAAAAAAUCUUUUUUGCGCAAGUCCGUUCUUGUGGAGCACCACAGGAUCCACACAGGAGAGAAGCCGUUUACAUGCUCUAAAUGUUGGAAGUCUUUUACCCAGAGGUCAGGGCUUGUCAUGCAUCAAAAGGUACACGCAUGUGAGAAGACCUUUUCUUGUUUAGAUUGUGGUAAACAAUUUAUGCAAGCAUCAAACAGUCAAGAGGAGGAGCCAAUGUCUUGUCCAGAGUGCCAAGAGUCUGGUAUUGAUGGGGACUCUCUUGAUGAACCCCUAAAAUAUCACACAGGUUUGGAGGGCUUGAAUUGUGAGAAGUCAAACGGUUCUACGAAUCACAAGGUCCCAGCCCGCGAGGAAUCCUUUCAUUGUUCUCAAUGUGGAAAGUCCUUUAUGUACAGAUCAGAGCUAAUGAAGCAUGAGAUUAUUCACACAGGUGAGAAGCCAUUUUCAUGUUUUGAUUGUGGCAAACGGUUUAACCAGAAAACCAACCUCCUUCAUCAUCUCACAAUACACACUGGUGAAAAGCCCUUUCAAUGUUCAGAUUGCAGCAAAAGUUUUCGACUGAAAGCAAGUUUCCUAGCCCAUCAGAGAGUUCAUUCAGGUGAGAAGCCCUACUCGUGUCCUGAUUGUGGCAAGUGUUUUACACAGAAGUCAAAUCUGCUUAGACACCAAGUUCUCCACAAGUUAACAGCUGAUAAUGUAUAAUACUUCUGUAGCGGGAAGACUAGAAGUGAUGUACAUCUUCUGGAUUUACUUUUUAAUGGGACAUUGUUGUCUUAAGUGUUUUAUUUUUUAUAAGUUCUCAUAGAUUUUUAUUUUUUAAAUGUGACUGUACUUAUAAAUGUCAAGUAACCUAGUCUGUUAAUCAGGCAACAAAUGCAACGUUUGUCUCAUUAUUUCUCCUAAAGCAUAAAGUGUUACUCUCAGUAAACAGAUGAGAAGA